UAGUUGUUUUGAAUUUAGCUCGUGGUUUCGCGUGUUUUUGUUUUGCUACCGCUUUUGACAUUCCGCUGCACGGGGCGCGUUUUAUAGCAGGCUGGAUUAUGGCGAAUUUUUGAACCGCCAUCUUGGAUUCAGGUUGGUCGGGUAAUUGUGAUGUUGUGGAGGAGAUAUUACGAAUUAUUAGCCCAAUGGCCAAAAGCUCACAAUCAACACAAAAAAAACGAAUUCAUCGUGUGAAGAUUGCUUUUAAAUGCGUGCUUGAACAAAUAGAACACACCCUAAUGAAGGGUGUGUGUGGAAUUUGUUAGCUGGGUCCCUUUGACAAUUACGUCAUGUUCCUUGCGGCCAAUCUUCGAACAGAAAAAAAAAAACAAGUCAAGUGUUCGUCACCGUCGCUGCCGUCGCUUGUCGCCAUCGUCGUCGCCGUUCGUGGUCGUCGUCGUCGUCGUUGUCGUAUUUUUGGCCUUAUACUUUCCCUUCCACCCUCCGCCACACCAGCAGCACCUUCUAUCCACCAGCGGCCACACAAUGUCCGACGACAAGAAGAAACGCCUUUCGUACUGGUACUUCGGAGGAUUGGCUAGUGCCGGUGCGGCAUGCUGCACCCAUCCGCUCGACCUGCUGAAGGUGACGCUGCAAACGCAGCAAGAGGGUAAAAUCUCGCUGCUCCAGCUCACGGGAAAGGUGGUACGGACGCAAGGCGUUCUGGCACUCUACAAUGGCCUUUCGGCGUCGCUACUGCGUCAGCUGACAUACUCGACGACGCGAUUCGGAAUCUACGAAGUUGGCAAACAAGCGAUGGGCAACGAUUCCGGGUUCCUGGGCAAAGCGGCCCUUGCUGGAGCUGCCGGAGCAGCUGGUGGUUUUGUCGGUACACCGGCCGAUAUGGUGAACGUGCGAAUGCAGAACGACAUCAAGCUGCCGGUCGAACAACGACGCAACUACAAAAACGCAGUCGACGGUUUGUUCCGUGUGUAUCGGGAAGAAGGCUUCGCAAGGCUCUUUUCCGGUGCGUCCACAGCAACGUCCCGUGCCGUGUUCAUGACCAUCGGUCAGCUGUCGUUCUACGAUUUGGUGAAGGAUUUACUGUUAAAAUCCGGCCAUUUCGGCGAUAAUCUGACCACUCACUUCUUGUCUUCGCUAACGGCGGGAGCGAUCGCCACCACGCUCACACAACCACUGGAUGUGCUGAAGACACGCGCAAUGAAUGCGAAACCGGGCGAAUUCAACGGCAUCUGGGACAUUGUCCGCUUUACGGCGCGGCUCGGUCCGCUCGGGUUCUUCAAGGGAUAUGUGCCGGCCUUCGUGCGCCUUGGUCCGCACACCAUCCUAACAUUCGUCUUCCUGGAGCAGUUACGCAUGAACUUUGGAUACUUGAAGCCGGAAGCUUCGAAGUAGUAUCAACACCAAAACAAACAACAACACACACACACACUCCUGCUAUCCACUAACGAUUACCGGUUACGGGUUACCGUGAGCUUUUAGAGCAAUUUUGACACAUUCCACUAACGAACAAGGAGUACGAGUCACACUCAAAAUAGGAUCGGCAUGGAUCGAUUUGCGUUACCGUCAAACGGGCGGUAUCGAACUUGUUAUGGGUAUACAUAUUUUUUGUUUUUUCUUUUAAUUUGCAAAAAUAGGAUUUUGCGAUAGUGGUAAAUACUCACAAAGUGACGCGAAACAGAACGGGAUAGCUAUGCUGGUGAGAUAAAAUUGCAUCGCAAUAAAUAUUUAUCAACGUUA